AUGAGACAAAUAAUUAUUUUUAUAUUAACUAUUUUUAUUGUUCAUAUAAAUAUAGGGCAUUCCCAACUCUGCACAACUGAUUUAUGCGAAAAAUGUUGCUAUCCAACAAAUGAAGGUUGUGGAAAUAAAAUUUAUAAAGCAAUGAGAGAUAAUUAUGACAAUGAUAAAACUUAUUGCAGACUUUGUGAUUGCGGAAAUCCAUCUACUGGGUGUGGAUGGGUUGGAGAAAAAUAUGGCAAGGUCAAAUGCACGAGUUGCUCGUUUAUAAAUCAAGUCAAUAGCAAGAUAAAAUAUUUUGACAUAGCUGGUUGCGGAUAUCAACUAAAAAAAGGAACUUUACUGAGCAACGCAUAA